CUUAUCUCAUUUUCAUUCUUCUUCUUCUGUUGUUGUGUUUCAUUGCUCUCAUUUGCUAGCUUACGAGCUAUUUCUUCCUUGUGGGUUUUGGUAGUGAAACGUUUUCACUACCAUGGGUAGAUAGGAGAUUUCUUGUGAGCGAAAUAGUGAGGUUGUUCAGGGAAACACCGAGUGUUCUAUUUCCUUGUAUCUUGAAAUUCUCUGUAACCUACUAUUGCAAUGGCGAAGAAAUACUCUGGAGCUAUUGUUCCCGUGGACUGGCCCAAAUCAGGCUAUACCACGUAAAUCCUCGGUAUUAUUUACUUACUAUGCUUGUUGUUAUUUUGAGAAUAGUUGUAGUAUAUUGCAUUAUUAAAUUACCAAAUUAAAUUGUUCUAAAAAAGUUGAUUACCAUAAUUCUGGAGGACCACCGCCAGGUCCAACUUAUCUGGGAACCUUUUACAAGCGUGUGAUUUUUUAAUUCAAUAUAUUUACCCGCUAUUCUCACCCGUUGUGCCCAACAAGUAGUAUCAAAGCCACGUCCAAUGGUGGCAAAAACAAGCAAGAUGAUCAGUCAGAAUGGCUCAACUAUCACAUAUGGAGAAACAAGAUGAAGGAUCUCCUACUCGUGACGGAGUUGCAUUUGUCGGUGUUUAGUCCAGCUAAACUUGAUGGAAAACUGACUAGGAAUGGGAGUUCAAGCAUGAGCAAGUAUGCGGAUACAUUCGACAGUUCGUCAACGAAAAUGUGUAAGCCACAUUAGCAAAGAGACUCAUGCCAGAACUCUGUGGAACAAGCUGGAGGCACUUUAUGCAUCAAAGACCGGCAACAACAAAUUAUUUUUUCUGACCAAGUUGGUGCAGACGAAAUACAAGGAAGGCACAUCCUUGGCAGAUCAUAGUGGAUAAGUUGUCCGGUAUGGGCAUAAAGAUGGGUGAUAACGAUGUAUUUGCACGUUUUUGCACCCUUAUUUCUUAUCCGUUUGCGACUCCUAGUCGUGCAUUUUCUGCCUAUUUUACGCUAGGUUGCGUUCCUUUUUCACAUUUCAAGUCCUAUUAUGUAAAGGGAGGCAUAGGCGCAAGUUUCAAGUCAAUCGGAUAUCAAUUUGCGAUUCGGGAGAAGAAACUCGGGCAUGACCUGAAGAAGAACGGAUUUAUACCUUAUUUAUGGAUAAAGAAUCAUGCAAGCUUGUCAUGAAAAGAAAGAGGACGAGACUACGAGCUUCUGGGAUCAAACAACGACUGAUUCGUAGUCCGGACAAGGGAGAAACGAAGCAUUGAAUAUAGGGGAACAUGUUCGGCAGUAAAAACACGGGCAGACUACCCUAAAAACACGACCGUGUUUUAUAUGGCCCCCGCUAGUGUUUUUACUGCCGAGGGCGUGUCGUGAUGGCUGUUGGGGGCAAAACACGGGCGGGCAAAAGUAAAACAUGACCGUGUCCUCGACUGUGUUUUGCCCAGAAUCGGGUUUUUCAGGCAGAUUCAAGCCAAAGGAAAGAGAGAGCUGGGUUUUGGUUCCCAAACACCCAAGGGACGAACCCCAGAGAGAGAGAGCGACUUGGGAACAUUCUUGGAGCUAUUUUGGAGGAUUUCUUCGCCAUUGGAGCUCGGGAUCAAGCUUGGAGAUGGAGAUUGAAGAUCUAGAUCAGAUUUCUAUAGUCUCUCUCUUCUCCUAUGGACUAACUUCCCUUCACUUAGGUUUUGAGGAACCAUAGUUCCAUGUGUUAGGAUCUUUCUUGUAUGAAGUUUUGGAUGUUAUAUUGUUUGAUUAUAAUCGAUUGAGGCAUGAGUUAUUGAGUCAAUUGAAUCUUGAUCAAAUUAUCUUGAUUUCUGCUUUAACCUAUGAUAGAUAGAAUCUGAUUAGGUUAAGAGAGCUUCCUUGAUUGAUAGUGGUGAAUUGGUUGUGCGAGAGUCAGUCAAUUCACUGAUUUGUACUGGAAUUCAUUCUAGUAGUGGAGAUCUGUGUGAAUCGCCUUAGCAGUCUAUCCCGGUGAAGGCUAGUCGCUUGCCGGGUAUUCUGUCUAAGAGGGCUUGGUCAGCUUAAGAGAUUCCAAGCUAAUUUAGGAUCUUCCGCAGUUUAAUCAAUAGUAGAUCAACCAAAGGUAAUUGCAACUUGGACCUGAUUGAGGAUCUAGGGGGAAUCAUACCUAAGUGAGUUCCCAACUUGUAAUUAGUAGAGUAGUUUAGUAAAUCAAUCCUUAAUCUAGUUUGCUAGAUAAAGAACUGAAGCUGAGUAAUAGUAACUCUAGAGACCCAUGGAUUCAAUAUUUAUUACUUGUACCACUAUACUGCAAUCCCUUUCAUUGUUAGGUGUUGUGUUUUAGUGAGUCAAGUUUUUUGCGCCGUUGCCGAGGACUUUCUAGAUUAUUAGGAAAGGCAGAAGUUUGUUACUUUAGCGGUUUUUUUUCCACCCUUGCUUUUCACUUGGGUGUUUUUGGCAGAUCUGAAUCAUGGAUCCUAAUGGCUUCUCCAAUCAGUGGGGGUAUCCACCACCAUCUGAGUGGUAUUACUCCGAGACUUCCUGGAGCAAUCAAGGAGGAGAAGACUAUGGAUUCGGGUUCCAGUACCAACCCCCUUACUACGGAGAACAAUCAGACCCCUGGGCAUAUCAAGAACAACCUCCUUAUCAAGAAGAAUUCCUCCCACAACCAGAAGGGCCAUCAGAUCUUGAUUCAGCCACAGCCCUCAAGGGCCAUCCGGCAGAGCCAUGCUACACACCACAACCAGAUCCAAACUAUCACUUGAGGCUUCUCGUGGAGCAGAUUGCUCGAGUACCUGAGAGAUCGUUUCCCAAGAUGGAUCCUCAUAUCCAGACCAUUGCCCAAACUGACUUCUCUUUUCCUCGUGAAACAGAGGAUACCCUUCGGAGCAUAAAGAAGCACAUAGAGGUCAUUGAGAAAGCUUGUUCACAGUUUUCUCAAGACAACCUUUAUGCUGCCAUACAAGUAGAGGAGGAGGAAGAAGAAGGCAAUCAUGAGGAUGUUGAGGAGCAUACAAAAGUUGUCACGGAAUGCUCCCAUGAUAAUCAUGAUCAAGUGUAUCCUCUGGUGGUAGAUCACAACUUUCCCCAUUUCCGCUCUAACAUGCUAAGUCCGAGCGAGGAGGUGCAAGCUGAACUUAUUGAGAACCUUGCAUGGCGACUUGCUCUCCAAUUCGUUAUGGAAGAAGAAGAGAAAGAAAGGGUGAGGAAAGAAGUUGUGGAGGAUGAGGAAGAAAGCAAAAAAGAGGUAGUUCUUGAUCUUUUCCAAGGAGAGAGACCACAUUUUGAAGAAGGAAGGGGGUUGAAGAAGCGAGUGUUGUCCAGGCUAAGGAUAAAAUUGGGGUGGAAGAGGCUUGCACCGGCCCUAUGAUACAAGUAAUAUCCCCACCAAACUUCGAGGAACUGCUUAGAAAGGACCCAUUUGCAGUGUCUCUUUGCCAGACCAAGAGCACAUCGACAUUGGUCCGUCUUGGUGGACGCGAUGGUGGUCAGUCGAUACGGUUAUAUUUUGUUUAGGGCAAUGAGACAAGAGAAGAAACGAGGAAGAGGUCUCGAGGGUGGAGACUUAAGCUGCAUCAAGUGCACGAGCUUUUCCUCACCUGCCACACCACCUGCUCGUGACUUGAGACUCCACCUCAUAGAUGAGAACAUCAACUUCAAAGAGGUUCUAGAAUGGACCGAAACUUAGGAGUUACCGUCUGCCUCACGACGUGUGACUCAAUCCUACUGUCACUCUAGAAAAUGGCCAAGUGUAACCACUUCCUAAAGCGUAGUAUAGCGGGUUUGGUUUUUAAUGUCAACCCGGGUCCUAGAUGUGAUGACUACUCAGCGAAUUCUUAUUAUUUAGCGGUGAAACUUUAGUUCAGGUUCAAACAAGCAAACAAACAAAGCAAGCAAGAAGGUUGUUUUCAAGUCAAGAGAGGUCACCCGGAUAUGGUUCCCCCUAGACUGCAGUUAAGCCGGAUUGCAAUUUACCAAGUUCAGUUUUAAUGAUAGUUAUACUGCGGGAGGUUCUUAAGCAGUCUGAAGUCUCGACUAAAGGUCUCCAGACCCUCUCAAUCUGAGUCCCCAGUGGGCGACUAACCUCCACCGGAGUAAACAGAUUGAGGCCCUAACGAACCAAACCUCCACUACCGAAGUAAAUUCGGUACAGAAUAGUGAAUUGGCUCCUCGACUAAAGUCGCCCAUUCACUACCUUCAAUUAAGGGUGGUCUAUCAACCUAGGCAAAUAUUCUCUUUCUAGGUUAAAGCAGAAACAACAGGAAUUUGAUCACGAUUCAUGUCAUUCAACAAAUCAAACCUCAAUUGAAUAUAAUCAAAUCAUAGAAUCUGUACUUGGGUUCAUACAAUCAGACCUAACAUACAAAUCUAGGGUUCUCCAUACCCAGAUGAAUAAGAAAACUACUCCAUAGAAAGAGAUGGAAAAUCUAGCUCAGAGGCGGAAACCAUACUGUGAAGGAUGAUAAUCUGCUUCUGGUGCUCAAUCGAAUCUUCUCCAAGCUCAAGCCGGGCUCCCGUGAUGAUGGAGAUCGAUCAAAGACACUUGAAGACUCGGUUUCGUCACUUUCUCUCUCUAGGUAUCGCUCUGUCUCUCAAAAACUAGGAACCCCUUCUCCUUUGGCUCAAAUCUGCCAAAAAAGGUCAACCCUGGGCAAAACACGGUCGAGGGCACGGCCGUGCUUUGCUUUUGCUCGCCCGUGCCCUUGCCACGUGUUAAAAACACGCCCACAUCUUGGGGAAACACGGUCGCGCCUAAAGUUGGACACAACCGUGUUUUCAGUCACUCCCGCCCGUGUUUUGGGCUAGCGCAGGAACAUCUUGGAUCAAGCCUCGGCAGUAAAAACACGGUCCAGGAACACGGCCGUGCUUUGGUUUAGGCCAGCCCGUGCUUUGUCCCCAGCUCAACCGAAUGACUUCCAAAUGCUCCGAAACUCGUGCUUAGCCUUUCCUUCGAUGUCUGGGACCUGAAAUGGGACAAAGUAGCACAACCCGGAUAAGAACUAGGGGUGCAAACAUGUGCAUUUACAUCGUUAUCAAAUUUCCCCACACUUAACCCUUUGCUUGUCCCCAAGCAAACCAAGUCAGACACACGGUAAGCUCAAAACGUUUUAAUCAAGCAGGCUUUAGGGC